AUGAACUUCUACUCGUUCUUCCUCUUCGCCAUCCUCUCGAUCGCUCUCGUCGCCGGAAACGACGUAAAGAGACCGGCCGGCCACGUGGACAGACACGAUGGACACGCUCCGGAUGGAGAUCAAGCGGUUAAUAACGAGGAAAUUGUUAUCGGAGAUGGAAAAGUCAUCGGAAAGGACGCCGCCGGCCACCUCCUCAUUCGCGGCCAUAGAUUCACGAAAUAA